GUAACCGAGAGCCGGAUACAAACGCCGGGGCCCCGGGGCCUUUUGGCUGGAUCUGCGCCGCCGCUGUCUGGCUUGGCUGUUCUUAUUGAAAACUAUCUUGGCUUGGAUUGAGUUCACUCCCUGACAUUGAUGGCGAAGUGACCGCCUGCGGCUUGCUGCAGGGUUUCAUCUACUUAAUGCUGCCCCAACAUGUCUGCUGAAAAUGAUCAGUCAUCAAGAGGAACAUCACCCCUUCGCUCUGCCACAAUGUCCCAGAAUUCCACACAGACCAUAUCUUCGGAGGAGGAUAUCGAGGAAGAAGAGUGUUCAGAGAAAGACUAUCUAUUUCCUGAAGAGGAAGAGUAUCUGGAAGAGAAGGAAUAUCUGGAGGAAGACGACUACCUGGAGGAGGAAAAGUUGCUGAAGGGGAAGGCGUACCUGUAUGGAGAGGGGUAUGCGAAGGCGGGAGAGCGUCUACAGGAGGAAAAGGACCUGGAAGAAGAGUAUCUGUUGGGAAAGUAUCUGGAAGACGAAUUCAAUAUGAUGUAUUCAUGGAAAAACCUGCCUGUCCUUACAAGGGAACCCGCUCAGGGGACCACCUUCUACGCCGCUACUCCUUUCAUCUCUGAAUUGUCCCACGAGUCUCCAUACCAUGAUGCGAUGCCUUCCACAUCCUCCGUGCAGCAAGAUGGAGAACUUCUGGCCUGGCAUGACGAGAGCACGCAGACAGAAUGGAUCUACGAGACUAAGUUGGCACCUGCAAAAUCAAAAUCAAAACUAAAACUCUCCACAACCACACUAACCACUGCAAAGUCAGAUUUGGAAGUGUGUGCUACCCCUGACGUGGCUCAUGAGGAGGAAAGUGGGAAGCGCCCGGCAUAAUAUAUCCAAAGAUCCCUGCUCCCCGCAGAGUGUCCUGGGCUGUGGGGUGGUGCCCCGGGAGGGCGGGGCCCUUGCUGGUCCAGCUUGCACCAAGUCCUCGAGAGGACCCGGGGCCGUGCUGGGCACACGGCCUCUGAACUUGGAUGGGUUUCCGUGUCCUUUCCUGAAGAGGAGGAAUAGAAUGAGAAACAGAGAGAGGGUCUCUGGAGCAAGACGGAAUGACCUGGGAGAGAAGUUCAUCCCUUACUCAGGAGCCCCACAUUUCAAGAGGGUCUAGCUGGCUGCCGGCAUCCCCGAGGGCUGGGCAGCAGGGCUUGACAAGGACGCAAGGGCCCGUG